GAAAUUCUACUACAUCACCCUGCUGCGAGACCCUGUGUCCCGCUACCUGAGCGAGUGGCGGCACGUGCAGCGGGGAGCCACCUGGAAGACGUCCCUGCACAUGUGUGACGGGCGCACGCCCACACCUGAGGAGCUGCCACCCUGUUACGAGGGCACAGACUGGUCAGGCUGCACGCUGCAGGAGUUCAUGGACUGCCCCUACAACCUGGCCAACAACCGCCAGGUGCGCAUGCUGGCCGACCUGAGUCUGGUGGGCUGCUACAACCUGUCCUUCAUCCCCGAGGGCAAGCGCGCCCAGCUGCUACUGGAGAGCGCCAAGAAGAACCUGCGGGGCAUGGCCUUCUUCGGCCUGACAGAGUUCCAGCGCAAGACGCAGUACCUGUUCGAGCGGACGUUCAACCUCAAGUUCAUCCGGCCCUUCAUGCAGUACAACAGCACCAGGGCAGGCGGCGUGGAGGUGAGCGAGGACACUGUGCGGCGUAUCGAGGAGCUCAACGACCUGGACAUGCAGCUCUACGACUACGCCAAGGACCUCUUCCAGCAGCGCUACCAGUACAAGCGGCAGCUGGAGCGUAGGGAGCAGCGCCUCAGAAGCCGCGAGGAGCGCCUGCUGCACCGGGCCAAAGAGGCGCUGCCACGGGAGGACACCGAGGAGCCGGGCCGGGUGCCCACGGAGGACUACAUGAGCCACAUCAUCGAGAAGUGGUAGUGGUGGCCCUGGAGGAGGCCCCUGGGGCAGUCGGGAGAGGGGAGGUGACAUCGGGUAGACAGCUCACAAGGGGCCGCCCAGUACUCGGAUAGGAAGAGAGUCCCAGAUCUGCUCACCAGAGGGUAGGUGCGUCCUGAACAAAGACCAGGGAUGGGUAGCACUGGCCCGGUGGAGCUGGUUCUCACAGUUUCUCCCAGGCUCCAGGUCUGAGAAACCAACCUGUGUCGCCCACUGGCUCAGAGGAAAGCAUGCUUGAUGGAUGCUACAGUCAAGCCCACACAAGACCAGGGCAGAUGACAUCCCUGUGCUCCCCUCUCACAGUCACAGCGGCUCAAAGUCUGAAGAUAAGAGCUGAGAGUGGGGAGUGGCCCUGCCAGACCAGGAGUGUGUUCCAUGCCCCUAUGCACAUGCCCCUCUCCUUGCACAGGCCAGUAGGGGAUCCUCAGGCUCACACCAUCCCAGCCCCAGCCCUGUAUGAAGUCCCUCCAUGAACAAAACAGUCCUGUGAGGUGUUGUCAGGGAUGGAGCUCCACACUCGCCCAUCUUCAGUGUCAGGGCCACCCAUCUGCAGCCAGGAAGACUAGUCCACUGCUGGGAAGCUCCUCCCCUCUUUGCUUCCUGCUUUUGGUCAGGAGAUCAGGGCAUACCUGGCUCCUCCACCCUUCCGCAGUCAUCACUGAGGAGGCUGUGAAGAAUGCAUCCAGGCGUGGGAAGGCUGCACACAAGCCGGCCUCUGGGGUGACCACCAGUCAGCCCAGCUCAGACAGCAAGGGGGAUCAUAACUGAGGGGCCCCCUGCCCUAUUCUUCUUUCUGGCCUCAGGCACUUCUUAGUGGACGGCCCUGGCCCUAAGCCCAUCACUUGCACAUGUGUUCAGAACCCCUACCCCACCGCUCCCACCACCCCAGGUAUGAGUUGAGCUAAGCCUCCCAGGCCAGAACAUGCAGAUCAUAGUUGCUGCCGUGAGCCACGGCUCAGGGCCAUGUGGUUUUUGAUGGCCAGGAACAGGAACUCAGGCUUUCAGAUUCUCUGCUAGGGUUAGAAGAAAUGGCUCUAGGCGGCUCCCUGAUGCCCACAUUUACAGCCCUCCCCACCCUGGGCUCUCCCUGCAUUUCCCUGCCCCCAAAAGCUAGUCAGGCCCUGUUUCCGGCAGCCCUGAGGAUUGGAGAAGCCGCAUUCCAAGGCCGGGCACUGAGUGCAGUGCCUUAUCCGAAUGAGGCACAAACUCUGGGUUCUGGGGUGUUGAGUGUGUGCCCCACACACAUGCCCAAAGCCACAGGCCUACCUCAGGGAGGACAGCAGGGGCAGCACCUCACAGGCAGAUCCCACCAGCGGUUCCCUGCCCCGGGUUCCUUCUGCCGCCCUCACUGUCCCACCGGGGGUGAGGAGUGGGUGAGCAAGGAGCCUCCACAGCACAGGAAAAGCUAAGUUGGUGUCAAAUGAGGUGGCUGCCCAGAAGGAAGCGGCUUUAGUCUUUGUCUGGCAUCAGUCCUUUAAACUUCGUACACUGGCUGCGUAUCCUGUGUCCAAGGCAGAGCAGCCAGCCAGCAGGUCGGGUGGUUGUGCCGGCCCCAGGAGUGGGAGGUCGUGCUGAGGAGCAAGCACCUGGGUGAUUUAGUUAGGGGCUCUUUUAAAGGGAAGUGAAGGGCAGUGUGGGGUGGGGGGUCUGCUCUGAUGCUCAGCACUUGGGGCCGGUGUGCUCCAGGCAGGAGGGUGGACACGCUCACAAGAGCUUGGGAGGUGGCCGACUCCAGGCCUGAGUGCAGAGCAGCCUGUCUGCCCGGGCCUGGCUCAGGAUGGCCUCCUCGCAGCCGGCUUCCCUGGCGUGAGCCUGAGCAUAGGGCCUGUUCUGCAUGUGUUGGGAGUGUUUGAUGUAUGGCCUGUUCCAAUUCAUGUGGAAAUGUGGGUCUCUUCUCAGUCUUUUUGCUGCGCCUGGAAAGCAGCCCUGUCUUGGGCCAUGCCCGGGCUGAGGGCCCAGAGCUGGUGCCAGCUGCAUCCCCACAGCCCCUCUGGUCUCCAGGGCACUGCCAUGUAGGCCUACUCUAGGAGGAAGGCUCCUUGUGCCUACAGGCUCCUCUGAUGCCAAGGGCUGGGCUCCUCAGGUGGCUCAGGUGGCCCCACCCAGAGGGUCCUCUAGGGCUGAGAGGACAGAAGCAGACAAGCGGUGAGUGACCCUCACUCCACACACAGGUCCUCAAUGGCCUCCCCCUGGGGGAGGAACGGGACAGCAGAACUGUCUGAGUCUGUGGACUUUUUUGAGAACUGGAAGUGUUUAACUUGAACCCAGGAGCAUUUAAAGCUUUAUUUAUUUAUAGCUUCUUGUUUAAAAAAAGUGUUGAGAAGAAAUCUUUGGUUAUUCAUACAAAAAAAUGAGUUGAUGGAAAACAAGUCAUAAUCACUUAAUUGUUUUUGUCUGGGGCAAGAGUGAAUGUUAGCUGAUGAAAUAAACCCUGAGAAGGA